AUGACUUCUUCGCCGAGCGGUAAUACCCUGUUACUCCAACGGCAGCUGAAGGAGCUGAGAAAGCACCCUGUGGAAGGCUUCAGCGCCGGUCUCAAGGAUGAGACCAAUCUAUACCAUUGGGAAAUCAUGAUCAUUGGCCCCGCAGAUAGUCUUUACGAAGGAGGCUUCCUACGGGCAGAGCUCGUCUUCCCGCCCGAAUACCCACUGCUGCCGCCCACGCUCAAGUUUCUCACCCAGAUGUGGCAUCCUAAUGUCUACUCAGACGGCCGGCUCUGUAUUUCGAUCCUGCAUGCUCCUGGAACAGACGAGUGGGGCUACGAGGACCCUGGAGAGAGGUGGCUGCCGGUGCACAGUGUAGAGUCAAUCCUGGUGUCCGUCAUUUCCCUCCUAUCGGCGGACGUACCGGACCUUAAUUCGCCGGCGAAUGUAGACGCGGCAAAGCAGGUGCGAGAGGACUUUGCAGGGUACAAGAAGAAGGUUCGCAGACUGGUCAGGCAGAGCGCAGAAGAAGCGUUCGAUUGA